AAGAAAAAUCCCUACCCACAACAAAAAUGGCGUCGGCCGUUCAGUCCCCGGCUGAAGGUUUGCACGUGGAGAAGAAAACGAAAAAGCCUCCGGCCCGUUACUGGCAGGAGUCGGAGAAGGAGGAGAAAAAGGAUGGGGAAAAGGCGGGGAAGAGGAAUAAACUGCAACAACAAACACAGAAAGCAAAGAAAAGAAAGCACAAAGGAGAUCAACAUGAUGAGAUGAAAGUCACAUCAAAGGAGUCUGACCCUUUUCCGGGUCCUGCUCCUGUUCCAGAGGACAGGGUCCAGAAGUUCAAGAGGAAAGAGAAAAGUAAACUGCCUCGAAGAGAUUCCUACAAGCUCAGGCACCUGAUGGCGCUGUCAGAGAGCAACUCUGAAAUGGCCCAGAAUCAAGCUGCCAGAGUCGACCUUCUCCUCCCAGAGGAGGCAGGGUUUCUUGAAGGAGAUGAUGAAGAGGACACAUGUAUGAUAUCUCAGGAAGACAUUGCAAAUGCUGUGGAUAUAACAUCUGGGUCAAAGUAUUUCAACCUUAAACUGUCUCAGUUUGGCCCGUAUCGUCUAGAUUACAGCAAGAAUGGGCGUCACUUGCUGCUUGGUGGCAGGAGAGGCCAUGUCGCUUGUAUAGACUGGCAGUCCAAAGAGCUAAUGUGCGAGAUAAACGUGAUGGAGUCUGUCAAUGAUGUCAAGUGGCUCCACAGUGAGAGCAUGUAUGCAGUUGCUCAGAAGAAAUGGUUGUACAUUUAUGACUCCAAGGGAAUUGAGCUUCACUGUAUCCGCAAAUUCAACGACAUUCUUCGUAUGCAGUUCCUCCCUUACCACUUUUUGCUCGUCACAGCGAGUGCAACAGGAUUUCUGCAGUACUUAGACGUGUCUGUGGGAAAGGAAGUGGCAGCCACAUGCACAAAGACUGGUCGGCUUGACGUGAUGUGCCAGAAUCCUCACAAUGCCAUUAUCCACCUCGGGCACCCAAACGGUACAGUCAGCCUCUGGUCACCCAACCAAAAAGAGGCCCUCGUCAAGAUGCUCUGUCACCAGGGAAGCGUGCGCUCAGUCACUGUCGACAAGACGGGCACAUACAUGGUGACUUCUGGCCUGGACAAAAAACUGAAAGUGUAUGAUAUUAGAGCCUUCAAGCCUCUCAAGUCUUACUUCCUCCCUGCUGGAGCUUCUUGUUUGUCACUGAGCCAAAGAGGUCUGAUGUCCGCAGCCACAGCAGACGUCGUUCAGGUGUACAGGGAUGUGUGGAAUACUCCAGUGACGAACCCCUACAUGGCCCACAGAGUGCAUGGGGCGGUGUGGGGAUUACACUUCUGUCCUUUUGAGGAUGUCCUCGGGGUGGGGCACGGAGAAGGAUUCACCAGCAUGCUGGUGCCAGGUGCGGGUGAGCCUAACUUUGAUGGUCUGGAUGCUAAUCCAUACCGCAGUGCCAAACAGAGGCAGGAAUGGGAGGUUAAAGCCUUGCUGGAGAAGGUCCAACCGGAGCUAAUAAGCCUGGAUCCAACCCAGCUUAGUCAGAUUGACUGUGCAACUUAUGAACAGAAGCACCAAGACAGGGUCCAAGCUCUGGGCUUUGACCCACUUGCCAAGGAGAAAUUUAUUCCCAAAUUUAAGAAAAAAGGACGGAGUUCUGCUGGGAAGGUAGAAAAGCGUAAGAAGCAAGUGUUUCACGAAGACCAGAGAGAUGAAAUCAGAACAUCUGUGGAGGACAAAAUGAAGAUAGAAAAAGAAUGGAAGCUGGAGGAGAAGGCAGCAGCAUUAUCUGGGCAAAGCUCAACUCUGGACAGAUUCAAAAAAUAGGAUAAAAAAAGCAACCAUUGUGCAGACCAAACCCGUGACAUUCUGUGGGGGUGACCUUUGAACUUCAUACAAAAGACACAUUUUGAUACAUUUCCACUUUGCACGAGCAGAACAAGAACUUCUGAAUGCAGAAAA